GGUCGCUACGCCACACACGCAGUCUUCUCCGGUCAUUGUCCUCUUUUUGUUCUCUGUACAAUGGAGUAAUAUAUAAAGCUGGGCUUCGCAUUGACGACGCUAAUACCACUCUUCGCCGAUUCUCUCGUCUUUACGCUCAUUUCACGUCUGGUGCACCGGUGCACCUCUCACGUCCACUCAAGCCUGGUUGCUUCAUCUAUAUUGUCUAAUAAAUCAUGCUGCCUCCUCGUGCAUACAUAUUCAUUGGUCUCAAUAUCAUCCGUACCUUGAGCAUUAUCGGCCUUCUUCUCGUGUUUGCGAGCAACAUCGAGACGCUGGUCAACGAUGUCAAAGCUGUGAACCGGUACCAGAGUACGUCUAGCGACAGGACGUCCUCUUCGAAUUCGACGGUGGUGGAUACGGACUAUAUCGAUGGAAGCACCGUGCCCAACCAAGCUGCUGGGAUUUUCUGGGCCGUGUUGAACAGGCUCCUCAUCAUCGGUCAGACCGUCGUUCUGCUCUUCUCUGAAUUCGGCUGGCCUUCCGUGUUCUUCAAUCGUUUCUUCCCUGUUCUCGGUGAUGACUUUGGUCUGGGUGCUUUAGGGAUCAUCCAGUGCUUAAUCGGUGCCGCAGUCCUCUCCCACCACGUUGACGACUUUACCCUUGUAUCCGCUUUUUUCCUCUUCUCCAUCGGCUGCCUGAACAUGCUCGCUGGCCUCAUCUUCCGCCAGUCAGCCAAGACCAAACGUUCAGUCACGUCUUGGCGCGAUCAUGCUAAGAGUGCAGCGACCAGUGUGCUCCCUACCCACGUAGCUGGUAUCCCUGUCCCUACUUCAGUACCCUCCUUCGUCUCCAAUGCCUUCAGCCACAACACCAAUGAAGAAAAACGCUCCGAAGACUCCAAAGCUGGAUUUGGCUUUGGUCGCCAGGGCGAAAAGGUGGCGGGCUUGAAAGGCUUCCUCAUCUCGAAACCCCUUGAAUCUCUCCCCCGGUAUGCAGCUAAACCUGCCAACUCCGGUUGAUACGUACCCCAUGGACAUGAUUAUACUGAUUGUAGCAAAUAUCUCGUUGGAACCUUGUAGUGUAUCAAAAUCGCAUAUAAUUGGGACUUUGCGUACAUUUUCGCCACAUAUAUGUAGUUAUUUCCCUAGCGGAAUAUAUAGUACUCGUGCUCCAAACUCUUUGGCUGAUCACCUUUCUUAUGAUCGACCAUCACCAUCGUGUUCGUGCAUACGGAAUUCAUGACUUUCAACCUCAUCACUAACUCAUCUUCUAUCUUUCACCACGAAUUGUUUGGCAUUUGUUUUCUUCGAGAUGGAAGGCUCGACUACGCUUUCAAAAGGCGUCCUCUAUUUGAUGCUCUCUAUACGUAAUUCACAUCCGGAACAGCGACCGGGAGAGCCGC